CUUAUUUAGCUAUGUAUUUAAUUUAAUGUACAAAAUAUAAUAUAAUCACAAAUAUUCUAUCAUUUUGAUCACAUACUAAAACAAUAUUUAAUUUGGUUCGGUAAAUCUCUUAACAUUCGCACUUCUGAUCUUCUUUUUUUCCUUGUAAACUGACAUGUGACCAAUCCAUGGAUCAAAGUGAAUCAGCUCCAAUUUAUCAGCUAAACGUUCCCUAAAUACAUUGUAAGUAUGUCCACUCACCAUGCUUUCCAUCAUGACCAUGGUGUGUUUGGAUUUUACUUUUUUAAGUAGCACAUUAGUCAAAAACAUUUUCAAUUGUUUUCUACCUACUGUUUACUCAUUACUACAAAAAUAAUUUUAAAAAAUCGGAUUCGAAUUGUAAUUAGAAUUACCGAUUAACUAUAAUAAUUAAUAUUUGAAAUAUAUUUUCUAUUAUCAAGGUUUAAUUUUUAUGUGAUAAUGUUAAUUGUUAUCACGGCUAUAGAUAAAGUAGAGUUUAACCACAGAAUAGAUGAAUUACCAAUAUCCGCUGUUAUUUCCAAAUGUUGGUUACACUGAUUUAUGUUUGUCGACCGUUGUUUUGUUUACCGUUUUUAAUUUCUUGAUAACUCAAUUCAAUUCAAAAAAGUGUAAUAUUGAAAUGUGAGUUGUGUAAUAAUUUUAUGAUUUGUGAAUGCAUAUUGCAUUUUAAUUUUGUAUUUUACAUUGUUCAUAGUCUUAAUAUAUCAUUAAAAAUGUUUUCAAAUAUCACUAACGAUUUUCAUUUGAAUGUAGAAUCUUUACCAAUCUUGAAGAUUGAUUUUAGGGAAUGUGACAAAUUGACAGAACAAACUCGGGAGGAGUAUGAAACAAUAAAACACCUAUUAAAUGAGACAAAUAGUAAAAUAUCUUGUUGCGAAGAGGAAUUGUCGAGCAUAGAAAAAGAACGUGUUAACCUUAUGUCAGAAUUGGCUUUACAGAUGCAGACUAAACAUGACUUACAAAAUAAAGUUGAAAGCUUAAAAAACUCACUUCAAUCCAUAGAAUUUGAAAUUAAGAAGUACAGCAAAAUGAAGGCAAGCUCGACUGAUUUAGAUGCUCUUUCACACCUCAAGAAAACAUUUGUUACAUAUAAAAACAUGUUGAAGAUAAUGUUUGACUACUCUAACGGUCCAAAUGCGGUUAUACAAAAAGGAUAUAUGUAUAAUAAAGCUACCAUGAAACUUACCUACUUUGAAUUUAAUACAGAAGAAAAAUCUGCAGAUAAAAUAACAAGAUAUUUAUGGGACAAAAUGUUAUUGGUUUCUGAACAAAAUUGGAAGUCAAUAUGUUAGUCAAAAACCUAAAGUAAUAUUGAUUUUUAGUUUAUAAGUUAAUGCUUCCUAAAUAUGUAAUUUUUAAAGAGACAACUAAAUAAUUUAUAGAAAAUAUAUAAAGAAUUAUCUCUGAACUUGUUU